GAAAACCCCUCAAUUUACGUGAUCAACAUCAUCAUCAUCGUUUUGGAGUAUUACCAGUGCGAAAAAUGUAUUCUAUUUUAAGUUGUAAAGUAAAUGCAUCUUAUGCAAGCGUUACAAAUAUAGCGAGGAAGUACUUGCUUUCUCAUUUAUUGGAAGAUUGUGUUGUAUCGAAAUUGUUCUGGGCGUGUCUACUUGGGAGUAUCGUAAUCGCUGAUAUCUCUUCAGUUAAUAAAAUACCAAGCAACGAGCAAGAAUUUACUCCGCCUACUGACAACAUAUUAGUUUUAUCUUCAGUGAAUCCAGGUAUUAAAGAAAUUCCUACUAAUGAAGAAGAAAAAACGCUACGAACUCAUGAUCCGCCUGCUGUUACGUCGAGUUCAUCUUCGAAAUUCCCAGAAACUACACCACAUUCCCCGGAGAUAGUGAAUCCAAGAAUUAAAGAAAUUAACAAACAAGAAGAAAGUACACAGCGAACUUAUGACCCGAUUGCUGUUACGUCGAGUUCAUCUUCGAAAUUCCCAGAAACUACACCACAUUCCCGGGAGGGCGAAAAUAAAUGGACAUGGCUUUUAAUUGGUAUGGUUCUUGUAGCGAUAUUCGUCGCAAUGUUUACGUGUCCUCUCCUCUUGAUGUGGCAAGCCGCCACAUCGGCUUUGUGACGGAGGAAGAGGCCGCGUUUUCUGAAGCUCGAUUCCCAAACAUCUUCCUACCUGAUAUAGCACUCCCUCUCUCUCCCUCCCUCCCUCUGUCUCCCCCUCUGUCUCCCCCUGUCUCCCCCUCUGUCUCCCCCCUCUGUCUCCCCCCCUCUCUCUCACCCC